CGGACGAAGGACCCACACCCAGAGGGACCCCAACCUCGCCCAAGAGACCUAUUAGCCGCAAUCGCAUGCCCAGGUUUGGGCUCCCGGCAUCAUCGUCUACAUUGUGACCAUGUUCUUGGCCGACUGACUCGGAUUCGCUCAUACCUUGCUCAUGUACUGCACGCACAUUCGCUGGGCACGAGAAAUCUGAGGGCGCAUGCACAGCCACCCAAAGCAAACGCAAGCACAACCUCAGCUGCUUUGCCUCAUACAUGAUCUGCAAGCUAACAUUGCCUGCCCUCCGCGGCGCGUGUCAAGUCCGCAACAGUCACAUCUCCAUCGUUCCGCUUGCUCCGCUGCUCUAGUCUUUCGCUCCAAUGUCGUCCACGGCUGUUGAAGCAAAAUCUCUCUCAUCACUCACAGCGCUUGCAUCGAACCCACCAGCAUAUCCUAGAAAUCCAACACAUAUGAGGCACGAGCCGUUAGUGCUCUACAUUGCUCGUGUGCCAGGCAGCAAAGACGUUUUCCUUUCUCCCAUGAAGCCCCGCGAGAAGGUGGUCACCGCGGAAGAUAUCACAAGUUCUCUGUACUUUGUUCACGUUGAGCACCCUCAAGACGUCAGUCGCCUCAACUAUCCGGAAUUUCAAGAUCCAAAUUACCCCGAACAGCGAUCCAGUCCUGUGAACCGAGAAUCUGCGCCACUUAUUCAGCGCAAGGCUGUUCCAAAUACUCCCUCAGCUGCACCAGCGCGAAAGCCAGUACCUGGAACACUGACUCCGAUCGCAAACUUUGAGAGCAGACAAAAUGCCAGCGCCGGCCAAUAUGCUCAAGGGCCUGGAGUGCUGACUCCUGCAUACGAACCUCGUGGAUCUUAUGACUCGAGCAGAUCGCAGACUGAGAAUGACAUACCGCCAAUUCAGCCACGAAGACCGAGUGUUGGCUCAAACCCCACUGGUAUCUCGCUAACUCUUAUUCGACGAGAUCCGGUAUCUGGUGCUCAGUGGAAUGUCGCCCGCAUUGACGACCCUACCAUCACGGGCGUAUCGUCCAACGGGCUGUCUGAGAGAAAGCCCGGCGCCCCACUAUACAUCGAGAUCUCAAACCCUGGGUAUUCCAAGUUUCUUCAUUCAGAUGCAGGUACCAGGCCUCCAUUGUUCUCUCGGACCAGCGAAAUGUCAGCACGAUCCUAUCAACCAUCAAAUGCGCCACCGCGUCCGAGCGUAGACGCCCCGCACGAACUAUCGUUAAAGAGUGAAAACGUCUUUCGCCGUCGCUUGUGGAUGGAAGGAUCGCAUUUGGGCGGUGGAUUCGGACACCGCAAAAGCGGCUCGUAUGAUCGCACCCCUAGCAGGCCUACUUCCAGGGGCAACUAUGUUGAUAGACUGUCCGUCGAUCAAUCAUCCCCUUCACCUUCGUUCUUGACCCGAGACGAUCAAACAUAUGGGACACUCCAAGUCUCGGAGCGACAGUCCAAUUUCCGAGGGUAUGUGUUCACGAGCCCGUGGAACGGACGCUGCGAGUUUGUCACUGGCGCAAGCGGUGGCACAUUGAAGUGCCGACACCUCAUUCCCGGUUUGCAAGGUGCACCGCCUGCAGCAGCGACUGUGAGCGAGUUGAGAUUCAACCUUCCAAGUUCGAACACAGCACCAUCGCCCAGGGAAGAGACAUCAAAGCGAUCAUCUUUCUUUAAGCGGGGGCGGCAUAGUCGCAAUAACUCUUUUGUCUCGGUAAACCGUGAUGGUGGGACAGACGAUGCAAGGGACUCGUUAGAUCGUAUGGACUUGACUCUUGGUCAAGAGUUCGCAGGAGGUGGCUUCGGUGGCAAGCAAGCUAAGCUGGGCAAGAUCAUCCUUGAAGAUGAAGGUCUGAAGAUGAUGGAUUUACUGGUAGCAACCAACGUUGGAUUGUGGUGGCGGGCGUAUGAAAAGGCCCAAGCUGCUGCACGAAAUGACCGAGGUGGUUUCUGAUGUUAAGUAUUACACUAAGCAAACAUCGGCCGAUGUCUCAAAGACUCGAAUGGCCAUUGUCCUAUGGAGAUGGAAGCUGCG